AUGACGUCUAACUGCACCAACGGCACGAACACGAGCGACAGCAGUAGCAGUAGCCACUCGUGCAUGCCUCUCUCCAAAAUGCCCAUUAGCCUUGCUCACGGCAUCAUCCGCUCCACUGUGCUGAUCGUUUUCCUCAUCAUAGCGUUCUUUGGCAACGUGGUGCUGGGCAUCGUGCUGCAGAGCAAGCCGCAGCUGCUGCAGGUGUCCAACCGCUUCAUCUUUAACCUCCUCAUCACCGAUCUGCUGCAGGUUUUGCUCGUGGCCCCCUGGGUGGUGGCCACUUCCGUGCCUUUUUUGUGGCCCCUCAACAACCAUUUCUGCACAGCCCUGGUUACCCUCACCCACCUGUUUGCCUUUGCCAGUGUCAACACCAUCGUGGUGGUGUCAAUAGAUCGCUACUUGUGCAUCAUCCACCCUCUCACCUAUCCAUCCAAGAUGACCCCACGCAAGGGCUACAUGCUUAUUUAUGGCACCUGGAUCAUAGCCAUUCUGCAAAGCACACCCCCACUCUAUGGCUGGGGCAAGGCUGCCUUUGAUGAGCGUAAUGCCCUCUGCUCCAUGCUCUGGGGGGACAGUCCCAGCUACACCACCCUCACCAUAGUGUCCUUCAUCAUAAUCCCACUGAUUGUCAUGCUUGGCUGCUAUGCUGUGGUGUUCAAUAUAGCCCGUCGGCAGCAUGCUCUGCUGUACAACGUCAAGAGCCACAGCUUGGAGGUACGGGUCAAGGACUGUAUGGAGAAUGAGGAUGAAGAGGGAGAGAGGAAGAAGGACGAGUUCCAGCAUGAGAGUGACUUUCAAGACCAGGAUGAAGAUGAAGAGGGCAGCAUGAAUGUCAAGGAAGGUAGCAUGGAGAUGGGUGAGAUUAGCGUGGCAGCUCAGGACAUCGAAGAGGCCAGAGAGAGCAGUGUGGAGGCCCAGGAGGAAGGUGGCACUGAAGUUGAGGAGAGCAGCAUGAAGUCAGACAAGGACGGCACAGAGGUCAACCACUGCAGCAUUGACUUGGGGGAAGAUGAUUUGGAGUUCAAUGAGGAUGGCCUGGAAUUUGAUGAAGGCAUCCAUUUCAAUGAGGAUGACAUUGAGGCUGUGAAUAUUCCAGAUAGCCUCCCACCCAGUCGUCGAAAUAGCCGUAGCAACCUCCCUCUACCCAGGUGCUACCAGUGCAAAGCUGCCAAAGUGAUCUUUCUCAUCAUUUUCUCCUAUGUGCUGUCCCUGGGGCCCUACUGCUUUGUAGCAGUCCUGGCCGUCUGGGUGGAUGUCCAAACCCAGGUGCCCCAGUGGGUGAUCACCAUAAUAAUCUGGCUUUUCUUCCUGCAGUGCUGCAUCCACCCAUACAUUUAUGGCUACAUGCACAGGACCAUCAGGAAGGAAAUCAAGGCUAUGCUGAAGAAACUCUUCUGCAAGGAAAAGCCCCCAAAAGAAGUCAACCACCCAGACCUGCCUGGAACCGAAGCCGGCACAGAGGGUGGUAAGACGGUCCCAUCCCACGAUUCUGCCACUUCACCUUGA